AUGGCCCCUUAUCGCAACAGUCGCACUGGCGCUCGAUCCACCCGCACUCAAAUCGACCACGAUGUAUUCGAAGGCCUGCCCGUCCGCCAUUGGAGGAAGAGAUCAUUCAACGUCAAUGCCGCGCCGGAGAAGGACAACUUAGAUCCGCUCGGUACCGGUGAUACAGGAUGGCCAGAGCUGCCAAUGCCUCGAGACGCCCACAUGUAUUCACCAAUGAGUGAGGCAUUGCUACGAGCGGCGCGAAUGGGUCAAGUCAAGAAGCCGGCCAUCCCACUGAUGGAUGACGAGAAAGAGCCUGGUGACGAUGAGGACGCAGAUGGUGAUCUUGAUAUGGGGUUCGUUGCGAAAAGGUGGGCCGUUGUUCCCAAAGAUAUGGAGGGACUUGAGCCAGAAUUCUUGGCCAAGAGGCGGAAGGGCCUACCAUCUGUCUAUACUGGAGCAACCGGACCUCUUGGUAACACGGUGCAGAUGAGGAAAACGAAGAUUCGAAAGGUCGAUACGGAGGGGAACAGCUACAUCUGGGAGGUCCUUGUACCUGAGGGCCAAGCGGUAGAUGGCGAGAUUGUUGAGGAAGAGACCAGCCCAACACAAGCGCCUGCACCAGGCACUGUAGUGGAGGGGCUUGGGGUAGUCAACGCUGAGGGUGUUGUCAUCGCUGGAGAUCAAGCUGUGCCUGCUGCCAACAGGAGAAGACCGCCUCCGCCGAAAAGGAAAGCCAAAGGCCCGGGCCGCGGGAGGAAAAAGAAGGUCGCCUUUAUAUCUGGCGCAGAGGGCCUCGCUACAGCCAACGGGGUCAGUGCUGUUCUCAACGGCUCAACUGUUGGGGUAGACGACGGCAAGAGCACUGAGAUGGAACAUGGAGUACCGGAUGGGGAUACCGAAAUGGGAGAUGAGAACAUUGUUCAAGAAGGCGAAGAAGGCAGCGAAGAAGGUAGUGAAGGCGAGGAAGGGGAAGACGGCGAUAGAGAGGAAGGAGAGCUUUCACCCUCGCCUACCCCGGCAAAAUCACCUCCAGAGCCUCCAACAAUAGUCGUCAAUGAUAUGAAGGCCGAGCCCGCGGAAAUUGCACAGGCAUCCACUCCAUCGCCGUCAGAGGUGCCACUAUCGUCGCUGGCGGAGCCUACUCGCGAAGAUAGCUCAGACCCUAUGCUUCUGGACGAGGAUGACGACGAACCCAUGAGCCAAUCCUUCUCCAAACCUACGGUGGCAUCCAUCACCCAAAACACACAUAAAAUCACAGACGUCGCUGCGCCGGUCGCCGCAGAAGUUUUAGAAGAGGCAAUGCCCACACCAGAAUCUAUUCCAAGACCGUCGGAAGCUGCCGUAGGACAGCCCUAUGCAGCAUCGAUAGCAGAGCCAGAGACAGAAGCUCAAAUGAGAUCGAUGACGACCCCUCCACCGGACGCAACCUUGCAACCUCUACCAGAGCCUGUAGAACAGUCUGUGACGGAUGAGAUCACAGAAAGCUUGGCUGAGCAGCGAACAGAAAGCCUAGCAGGAGCUUUAACAAGGCCCCGGACAGAGCCGACGCCAGAUGUACCAGCCGAACAUGUGACAGAGGGUAUAGCCGUCUCAAGAGCGGAAGCUAUUGCAGAACAAACGCCAGGCGCUCCCGCAGACCUUCGAGAAGAAGCUGUGCCGGAGCCCAGAACAGAUAAUUGGGAGGUGGUCAUGGCAGAAUCUAUGCCAGCGUCUUCUUCUGCUGCCACCCCAGAGCCAACAACAAAUGCUAUGUCACCGCCAACGACAGAAGCUAUAUCGGAGCCGAAGAGAGAGCCGGAAAUGGAAAUUCUAUCGGAACCUCCAACAGAAUCUGUAACGGAACCUAUUGAAGAGUCCGAGCCCGUGGCCGAGCAAUCUACAGCCGAGCAGCCUCUGACUGAGCAGCCUGUGGCAGAGCAGACUAUGGUGGAGCAGACUCUGGUAAAACAGUCUCUGGUAGAGCAACCUAUGGCAGAGCAACCUAUGGCCGAGCAAUCCGUGGCCGAGCAACCAUUGGCCGAGCAAUCUAUGGCCGAGCAACCCAUGGCAGAGCAAUCUAUAGCAGAGCAAUCUAUAGCGGAGCAACCUAUGACAGAGCCCUGGGCAAGGCCAGCGACCGAGCCUUUUCCCGAAGCCAUAUCCCCCGAGCGCAGAUUCUCAUACACGAGAGUGACUACUAGCCCUCAGGCACCGACUCCAAGCCCACCAACACCCAUCGAAAAUACAUUCGGUCUCAAAGCCCCUUACCUAAGUCCUAAAGCGCCAACUAUGAGCCCACCGACACCCAUCGAAAGAAGUAUGUCGAGCUCACCGGAUAUACCCCUCGCUGACCAGCAUUUUCGAUUACCGCCCCAAAUCGACACCACGAAGGAAACAGACCAAGUCCCGGCGCCAGACAUGCCUCAUAUCCCGGGCGCUCAUCGUGGGUCAGUUGAGGCCGCUCCCAAUAUUGAUACCCGAGUCAACGCUCAAAUACCGGUUGACCAUGAUCCUCUAGAUGGAUUGGUCGAGCCCAGGGUUGCAGAGGAGUCGGACGGAUCUACUCAGCACUUUACGGACGGGGAAGAAGAUUUGCUGGGUAGCCUUGAGAGAUCCUUGGGCAGACAGGGUGGCAGGUCAUGA